GACCAAAAUUCGCGAUUCAAAUCCUGAGGUGAACACAUGGUGGCUGUUUAUAUUCGAUAUUUGUAAUCAAGAGUCACGACAUCUCCAUAUGAGGCAGAGUAUCGAGUUGGAAGCCCAGGGGAUCUAAUCCUCCGUGUCUCAGUUCCUAGGAAAAAAUAGUACUCAUCGAUUUCCAAUUUUAGUUAACCGAUCGUCUAGCAACACAUAAUUAACAUAACAAAUGAAGGUCAUGGUAACCAGUAUUAUAAUCAAACUGGGAAAUUCUCGGAACUCAUUGAUAUUCAAUGAAAAAUUGUAAAUAAGAUGAAGUCAACGUAUUUUUUGUUUGAUUAAAAGCGGGUCCAAAAUGGCGUUCAAACGUGUUUAUUGUCUGAUUGAGGUUUCGCUCUUGUGCAGUACAGCUUACGCUCUUAGAUGCUACCAAUGCGUGGAUGUGUUCACGUCAAGCAAUGUUAUAAGCACAGUGGGACAUACUGAUUUUAGCUGCGAAUAUCCUUCAUCCUCAACUGCUACUACUACCUGUCGUAAAGGAGAAGUGUGUGGAUACGUAAAUGGAAAAGUGGAGGCAUCAGUGAAUUUGAUAUUUGCGAGGUUUAAAGUGACGAUCACUAUUCACGCAAGGGAUUGUAUGUCGGUGGAGCCUGGGACAAGCAUGAUGACGUGCUACAAAAACAAAUAUUACAGUGAUGCAAUUAACAAAGCACUUUCAUUCAUCAGUGGUUUGGUGGAUAUAACAUUUGAUGGCGAUGUAUGUUUCUGUAACGCUUGGAGCUAUUGUGAACCACCGGACAGUUGGAUAUGGUGGGCUAUUGGUGGAGGAGCUGCCGGUUUCAUCGUCAUGGUGAUUCUUCUCAGCCUUUGCUGUUACUUCUAUUGCUGUAAGAAACGCGUAGCUCCACAGCCUAUCAUCAUGCACUCUGGGGGCACGAUGGCUCCAGGUACUUCCACAGUUACGUAUGUAAACGGAGGAUAUACACAUGGAGGUAUGGUUUCCAGUCACCGUGGACCCAUACAGACGCAUGGACCCGCACAGACCCAUGGACCCAUACAGACCAUUGCGCCCAUACAGCCCAAUGGAACCAUACAGAGCUACUAAAUCUGACAUGAUACUCCAUUUAUCCA